UGACACAAUGACAGGCUGCGACUACCCAUGGUCGAGGCGUUGCUCGCCCGAAGAAGACUACCAAGAAGAGUCCCGCGAAGGGUGUCUCGAAUUCUCCUACUUACUCCGAGGAAUUUUACGUCGUCGAGAAGAUUGUUGGCGCACGCGUUGACCCAAAGACCAAGAUGCAGAUGUACAUGGUGAAGUGGAAGGGAUACGGCUCGAGCCAGAAUACUUGGGAGCCAAAGGGAAAUCUAGGCAAGUGCGCUGCUCUUAUCAAGAGCUUCAAUGCCUCUCAGAAUGGGAAGAAGGGAAACAAGUGAUCGGCUUUCCCGUCACUAUCGAGAUAUGCGGAUUCUUGCUGGCGUUGCGAUGUUUUUUUUUUGGCAUUUUGGGUUGCAUAUGGGCUUCAUGGUUCCUAGGCGUUUAGUGGGUACGACCUCGGUUUAUGAGAAAUCUUCGACAGGGCGUGAAGAGGGCUUUGAAAUGAAAGCCGACAACUAACUUACGCCGCAAGUUGGUUCAGAUGGGAUGGCGAAUUGGGAAUUGUCCAUUCGCGAUUCAAUGGGACUUCAACGGACGGACAAUGCAGUGCAGGGAUGACGCGGGAUGGUGUAG